AUUAUAUACCUGUUCAACUAGAUUCCAAUCAAUUGAUUGAAAAUUUUGUACUUGAGCCCAUGCCUGCCUUCAUCCAUCCAUCCAACAAAUGCUGCAUACCUGGCUUUGGUUCAUAUGCCAGAGAAGAAACAGCAGUUUUUGGAGAAAUGGCCAGAUGGGGGAAUUUUGUAGGCUUUAGUAUGACUCAACAAAAUAACUAUUACAGCUACUGGCAAAGAGAGAAGCUGGCAUUCCAGCCCUGCCUAGGUUGCUCCUGGGACAACAGCUCUUACCGUCUUUCCUACUACGGCUGUGGCUACACAGAAGACGGAAACAGGCCGAGACUUCCGUUUGAAACCACAGCUCCAGAUGAAAAUCAAGAUGAAGACCCACUAGAAGAUCCAAAUCUUCAUUUGAAUAUUGAGGAAUUGAACAAGGAGUUCAUGGCCAAAAGUGAAGAAGUGUACAACUCCCUCAUGAAUUGUCACUGGCAGCCUCUGGAUACCAUUCUCUCUCACAUCCCAGAUGAGACCCCCAAAGUGAAGCAAAGUGUUCACUAAGCCUCCCAGCUGAUCAAUUGUACUUUGUUUUGAUUUGC